AUGGCUUCGCAAGUCUUAAAAAGGUCACUGUCGUUGUCGGCCGUGGCCCGGAGUGGACAACUUGUGAAAGUCCCAAUUCAAACUCAUGGGAUCGAGGGUCGUUAUGCCUCUGCACUCUACUCUGCAGCCCACAAACAGAACAAGCUUGAACAGGUGGACAAGGAUUUGCAAACAGUGAAGGGGAUUUUCGAGCAAAACAAGAAGUUCAAGGAUUUCGUUCUUGAUCCAACGCUCAAGGCCGCAAAGAAGAAGCAAGUAUUACAAGAAAUUACCGCGGCACUUGGCACUUCUCAAGAAACCCGGAACUUUUUGACACUUCUUGCCGAGAAUGGGCGUUUGUCCAAGCUGGCUGCUGUUGUUUCAUCCUUCGAGUCGAUCAUGCGUGCUCACCGUGGCGAGCUUUUUGUUCAGGUUACCACCGCCGAGCCACUUACAAAAGGAAACGAGAGUGCUUUGAGUGAUGUGCUUGCUCAGUUCACGAAGAAGGGACAAAAGGUUACCGUCACUUAUCAGGUGAAACCCACCAUUCUUGGUGGAUUGAUUGUCAACAUCGGAGACAAAUACGUCGACCUCUCCAUCGCCAGCAAAAUCAAGAAAUACAAGGAGGCCAUCGCUUCGGCUAUU